GAGGUAUUCUUCUUUCUCUCAUCUUUUAUUUGAGCACUGUGCUGUGCUGUGCUGUGGUGGUUGUUGAAUCAAAGAUCUGUCUCUGAAUACUUUCAGUUCUAACUCCACGAUCAGUUUAUUGCGGUUGUGUUGAUGUUGAUGUGUGUGGGGUUGUGCGGUGAUGAACUGCGUUGAUUGUUUCAUUUUCUCAAGUUUGGUUUAGCUGAAGUUUUUAAUACAUAUCAACGAAACUUGUGUCAUCAAAGAAAUACAUCUGAAUAAAGAGGAGAGCUAAGAUGCAAGGAGGAUUGCGAGCCUUUUUUUCACAUGGGAAUGUCAUAAAGAAUGCUGUUUUGCAACGAAUCCGCAUUGUGAACCCCCUUUUACAGCCAGUUGCCUCUUCACGGUUUGAAUCUGUUACGCCUGCUCGCAUUGAGGAGCAUGGUUUUGAGAGCACCACAAUUGCAGACAUCUUGAAAGAUAAAGGCAAAGGUGCUGAUGGCUCCUGGCUUUGGUGCACAACAGAUGAUACUGUUUAUAAUGCUGUCAAAUCGAUGACCCAGAACAAUGUUGGAGCUUUGGUUGUUGUGAAACCUGGUGAGGAGAAGGCAAUUGCAGGAAUUAUAACAGAAAGAGAUUACCUGAGAAAGAUCAUUGUGCAGGGAAGAUCAUCCAAGUCUACUAAGGUUGGAGAUAUUAUGACUGAAGAGAACAAACUUAUCACAGUCACCCCUGAUACCAGAGUUUUACAGGCAAUGCAACUGAUGACUGAUAACAGAAUCAGGCACAUCCCUGUCAUUGAUGUAAAGGGGAUGAUUGGCAUGGUGUCCAUUGGAGAUGUGGUUCGUGCUGUUGUGCGUGAGCACCGACAGGAGCUUGAGCGUUUGAAUGCUUACAUACAAGGGGGAUAUUAGAUGAUGAUGGAAAUCCCAUAAGGGCACUCAAGCUAACUUGGAUCUUGUAAUAAGCUUGCGUGCUUGUAAAUAUGUCAUGGCCACAGCUGUCUUGUUUGCUUUUCUGUAAUUCCAGAUUUCAGUUUUAUGGACAUUAAUCCUUGGUGUAGCAUGUUAAUAAUAACAACUACUGGAUGCAGUUUGAAUUUCUGUUUUGAAGUAUGUUCC